ACUCCUUCCUCCCCUUCAACCGGCAUUGGCUUUUCCCUUACGCCCACUCUACCUAGUCUUAACCUCCUCCCCCUCCCUCUCCUCCUCUUAACCCCCUUCGUCCUCCUCCCCCCAUCCUCCCUCCAAAGCUCUCUCCUUUGCAAUCAAUAUCAACCAUGGCUCGCCCUACCCCCAGCUCCAAGCAAGACGAUCAGUCCCCUCCCCCACCUCUCCCGCCGGAGUUCGACGCCGCAGUUCUCAGCCAACAGCAGAACAUACCUGCCCAAUUCAUCUGGCCUGAAGGCGAAAAACCCACACCAGACGCAUCUGAAGAGCUUCCCGUCCCUCUCAUCGACCUCGCCGGCUUCCUUUCCGGCCAACCUGAAUCCGCCGCAGAGGUCGCCUUCCUCGUCCGCGAAGCCUGCUCCUCCCAUGGCUUCUUUCAAGUCAUCAACCACGGCAUCCAGCCCAAACUCCUCGACGACGCUCACCGCUCCAUCGAAUCCUUCUUCUCCAUGCCUCUCCACGAGAAACAGAGAGCUCAGCGUAAGCCCGGAGAGAGCUGUGGCUAUGCGAGCAGCUUCACCGGCCGAUUCUCCUCCAAACUCCCCUGGAAAGAAACCCUCUCUUUUCGUUUCUCCCCUUUCUCCUCGGUUGUCCUCGACUACUUCGCGAACUCUCUUGGCGAGGAUUUUCGACAUUUCGGGGAAGUGUAUCAGGACUACUGCGAGGCAAUGAGCAAGCUGUCGUUGGAGAUAAUGGAGGUCCUCGGGAUGAGUCUCGGCGUCGGGAAAGCCCAUUUUCGUGAUUUCUUCCAUAGCAAUGAAUCCAUAAUGAGACUCAAUUACUACCCUCCAUGCCAGAAGCCGGAGCUCACGUUAGGAACAGGGCCUCACUGCGAUCCCACAUCCCUCACCAUUCUUCAUCAAGACGACGUUGGGGGACUUCAGGUCUUCACCGACGGGCGGUGGCGCACCAUCAGACCCAAAACCGACGCCUUUGUCGUCAACAUCGGCGAUACUUUCAUGGCGCUAUCAAACGGGAGAUACAAGAGCUGUCUUCACAGGGCGGUGGUGAACAGAGAAGUGCCCAGGAAAUCGCUGGCUUUCUUCUUGUGCCCGGACAUGGAGAAGGUGGUGAAGCCGCCGAGCGGAUUGGUUGAUCCAGAUCACCCGAGGGUUUACCCGGACUUCACGUGGUCGGCUUUGCUCGAGUUUACGCAGAAGCAUUACAGAGCUGAUAUGAAGACACUUGAUGCCUUCUCGCAGUGGAUUCAGAGCCCCCUUGCCACCUGAUCUUCUUCACUCUUUACUUCUUACCACGAGUGCUUCAGGAUUUUGUUAAUUGACGCCGUCUUCUUCUUCUUCAUUUAUUUUUAUAUAAAUUUCUCUCUUCCCCAACUUUUU